AUGUCUGCUAUCUUUGGUAGCCCUUCAUCCUACAGGUAUUUUAAAGAUAGACCAGAAUGGGCUGACGUUACUCCACUUAAGCAGGAUGAAAGUCCUCGAGGUGUGGUGCGGAUAGCAUACUCAGAUGCAUUCGUGGACGCACAUGACUACGUUCGUGCUGUCAUGGCAGUAGAUGAGCGUUCACCAAGGGUGCUGGAAUUAACAGCCGAAGCUCUUCAAAUGAAUGCCGCAAAUUAUUCAAUUUGGGCUUAUCGACGCAAUGUCUUGACAACUCUUAACUCGCACCUUGCAAGUGAAUAUACAUUCACUAAAUUUCUUCUUUUUGAUCAUCCAAAGAACUACCAACUAUGGUAUCAUCUUCAGUGGCUAAUGGAACAAGCUGUUAGAGGAGACGAAAGCAACGACCCAAAGACUGUUUACAAUCGUCCGGAGUCGAAACUUUACGCAAAACUCAUGAUGGAGUUUGAACUCAUCCGUGAAAUUCUGGCAGAUGAUGCCAAAAAUUAUCACGCUUGGCAGUAUCGUCGUUGGCUGGUUGAUUUCUUUAGUGUUCCAGUUAAAUGUGAACUAAAGUUUUGUGAGCACAUGAUACUUGAUGAUUCAUUAAAUAAUUCAGCCUGGAAUCACCGGUUUUAUACGGUCAUUGAGGAAGGACUCGAUGAUACCGUCUUUGACCGGGAGAUGAAUUACGCUGUUACUCAACUAAAGUCGAUGCCACACAACGAGUGCGCCUGCAACUACCUAUUGGGUUUGAUAUCCCCACUUCCUUCCACCGUUGCUACAAGCGAUGCGAAACUAGUUCACAAACGUCUUCUCAUGGUUCGUGAUGCCAUCGAAGAUCUAAUUGAAAAUGACCCAGAUGGGGCAGGAGAUAGCCCUCCAAUUCUCGCUCUUCUUAUCGAUCUCUUUCACACUUCUCUUCAGCAUCGACUUCUCAAACCUACACCCUCUACCGAGAGUUUAGAAACUCUUAGAGAGAUCGCAGACAGCGCCAGGAACAUUUGUGAUCGUCUGGCUUUGGAACUAAAUCGAGUGCGCGCCAACUACUGGAGGUAUAGACGCGACCAAAUUGAAAAGACAAUGGAGGAACUAACCUAA